CAGCAAGUGUGCUGCCUUCAGGUACACUCGAAAAAAUGAAAUAUUUCUUAGAAAGCUCCUCAGCCGUCCGCAGAAACUACAGAAUAACACCACUGUACUGUGACAUUUUAAUUUUUGUAAUAAAGGCUGUCAGAGGAGGGUGUUUAAGCAAGACGGCCAAAUCGCCCCAACAUAUUUUGCGUCUUCAACCUUGUGUCUUAAAAGCUACAUGUCUAUGUAUGAGAAAUUGUUCUGUAGCUGUAUGUGUUUAGAAAAACUGUAACGUGAAGGAAGCGCCUGAAGGCAGCACCAGCACUGCAACCGCCAACGGUGCCGCUGUCUGACGAUGGUAGACUGGAAAGACGGAUGGUCAGGGCCGUCCCCGCAUAACCUGAACAUGCAAGUGUAACAUGAUUCCUGCCAGUUUACACUGCUAGAUCAGGUUACACAUUUACCUAGCUUUAGUUAGUAAUAUAGCGUUUUAAUGAUGGAGGACGAUUGUGUUUGUGAGUACGACUCGACCUGGGACACAGAGAGUGAUGGAGACGACCCGGCCGGAGAGAGCCAAACCCGUCGGUCGUGUCAAGACAAAAACAAGACUCCUUGGACUUUAGUAGUACGUGUUUCUAUUCAUACUCAGCCAGACCACAGUUUUGCUUAAUGUCAUUGUGUUGUUGAAAACAGUGACUGGUACCUUGUUGCUUUUACACCCGGCUAGGCGUUUGCUAACAUUGUCAUGACUGGAAAGCUAAUGAUAGCUUUAUCCUCUGCUGCUGCUGAUGCUAACUAGCAUAGCUAGCCGCUUAUGUUGGCUCCCUUUUGAGUGACUGAGUCGCUAAUUUAGGGGUUUAGAACAAAUUUAAGGCAGCUGUCAGUGUUUUUCAUGCACGACAUAUCUAUCAAAUCUUAAAAUGAAACAUCUAAAUCAAGUGUAAAGGCUUGUUUUGGGAGUUGGACGUGGAUUAGCUUGGCCAUCAUUAUGUAAACUUGUUCAACGUUAUGCCAGCUUGCUAUAGUCUUUUGAGGUCAUGGCAUCACUGAUAACUCAAACUCAACCUGUCAAUAUCCUUUUAAAGUCAACUGGAAUACUGCACCCUGCUAAAAAUAGAAGCAUUUGAAGCGGGUGAAUUUUACUUUCACUUUCAUCCACAGUGGCAUCACACGCCAAGAAACAUGAGAGCAGCCAAGGACAUGCAGAACUACAGAAGAGGCUAUCCAGUAAGUCAGAGACAAAUAAUCCUAUUGAAAUGUCCUCUCCCUGAGAAAUGAGAGAUCAAAUUGUGCGUUUUCUUCUUGCAGAAUCUCACAGACGACGAGUGCUCAGAAGAUAAAAUGAACAACCUGCAGUUUUAUCUCAACAAAUUUCCCUCUGCUCCUGAUGGUAAACACCUAGACUUUGAAGGGAUAUGCCGGUGUAAAAUUAAUUUAAGGUCAAACACACUGUAACACCGAGUUAGACACCCCCUCAAGAGAUGAAUGUUGCCGACCGCUUGCUUCUCUAGUUAUACCAACUUUAGGUACGACUACAGGAUAGGUCCAUGUAGAUUCUCAUUCAUCCAGGUCAUGGUUUUUCUUGAAAUCUCCAAAAUUCGGCAACUGGACUGUGCUUUGCUACCCACCUUAGGGAGAAACGCCUUGGCACCACAUGGACACAUUUUGAAGAGAACUGCCUUCAAUUAUAACCUCCAAGUCAAAAAUUCAGCUGAAAAUAAUGCUCAUAAGAUUUGGCAAAUUUGGGGGUACAGUGAUGUAGUGGUUAGCACUGUCGCCUCACAACAAGAAGGUCCUGAGUCAGAACAGAAACGGGUCAGGGCAUUUCUGUGUGGAAUUUGCAUGUUCUCCCUGUGUCUGUGUGGGUUUACUCAGGGUCCUCCGGUUUCUUCCCACAUCCCACUGCGAUGAACUGGCAACUUGUCCAUGGUGUCCCCUGCCUUCGCCUGAAGAUGCUGGGAUAGACUCCAACCCCCCCACAACCCUGGGAACGGGAAUAAGCAGCAGAAAAUGAAUGGAUUUGACAAAGUAGCACAAUAUUUUGCACUGUGACUUUUGAUAAACUACACAGUCCAGCUGCCGGAUUUUGGAGAUUUCAAGAAAAGACCGCAGGAUGGCGAUACACAGCGGUCUGUGGAGCCAUAAACAAACCUCAACCAAAACACCACUCUAUAGCCACCAAUAAUGCUCAGAACAGCAAAUAACUUCAUCAACAGUACAUAUAGGGUCCCAGCCAUAGCACUAGCCACCAAACAUCUUUUUAACUUUGCCUAAUUUCUUUAGCAAAGAGACUAAACACAGCUUACCUACUCUCUUCCAGCAGCCGCUUGUUUGUAGCUAGACCUCAGGCCAGUCCAUUACAGACUGCAGCGGGGUUACGCAGCUCAAGGAAGAACAUUUAUGAUCAUUUCUACAUAGAAAUGCAAUCAGACCAAGACGCUAAGGCAGAAGAACUAUCGCGUCUGCAGUGCAAAAUGAUUAAUAUGGCGAUUAUUACUUCAAGUAAAGGAUAAAGAAAUGAUAACUCAGUGUUAUGGUGUGUUUUACCCUAAAUUAAUUUUAUGCCUUUAAAUUAGAUGCAAACAUUGUUCUGGAAAGUGUGUGUUUAGUGUCAUGAUGGUCUUUUUAUCUUGUGGCAUAGAUGUCUACAUUGAAUCAUUUCUGAAGGAAUGGAAAAAUGACUACAAAAGACUGGAGAGGGUUCACUCGUACAUUCAGUGGUAUGUAUUGUUUAUGCUGUAUACUUUGCCUUUAUGUAAAAGGAUUUUGUAAAGAGACUGUAUACUUAUUCUGGUGAUCUUGCACUUGGAAGCCAGCUACACACUGCCAUAACUGAGGCAUGAUAUCAGAGAGUAGUUUUUUUGUUGGUGAGGUUUGCCCUAGUGCAAGUUUCAAGGUAGCUAGUUGAUUGGUAGCAAGUUGGUAACGUUGGCAACGGUCUUGCCAGGAAAAAACAACAUUCUUGCAUACCCAUUCGCAUCUCAAGCUCUCAUUUGAAAUAAAAAAAAGUUUGGAAUGAAAGCGUACCUCUCAUAUACACAGUGGCUACCCCAACAAGUUCACAUGCAGGUGUCUUUAUUGUCAGUUUAGAGAUAUCUAUACACCUGUUGUAAUUUGAGUGACCAGCUUUAGCUGCUUUAAUGUUGUUUUCAGAGGGUUUUCCUUUUCUACAAUGAAAAGCACAGCUGAUAUCAGUGGUUUAUCUUACGGUAUGAAGUGUAAAGGGCAAAUUUUUAAUUCACUGGAUGAUCAUAACUCUGAAAAUCUGAUGUUAUCUUUAUCAAUCUAAAAAUAGAUUGGUCAGGUGCUAAUUGGUUCUGUGUUUUUCUCUUGAACCCUUUGCCAUCACAAGGCUGUUUCCACUUCGGGAGCCGGGAGUGAAUUAUAUGGCUUCAGAACUCACCAAGAAAGAAAUUGAGGUAAGUGUUUCAAACAGUUUGUUGAGUAAAGUUUAGUUUUAAUCAGUGACUUUGAAAGUCUAGCAGAACAUAAAGCAGAUUUAUUUCAAUGUUUAUACGAAAAUGUCAAAAGUUUCAAGAGCAAAACAGAUAUCAGAUAUCACAACACCUUGAUGGACCAAAGGGCCAAUGGUGGUGGAUAGCUCCUCUCUCUUCGCAGCAGGACAGAAAGAUUCAGAAGAUCUUUUGUACCAACAGCCAUAUGACUUUAUAACUCUUGUGUAAAUACUAGAUGACUUUUGGAGACAUAUUAUGUGAGACAACAGACAAUUAAAUUUCCCUUCGGGGAUUAAUAAAGUUAUUCUUAUUCUUAUCUGUUGUCACUUAGUAAUGUUUCUGAACUUUGUCUUGGGAUCGAUGGACCAGCUAAAGUCCCUUUGGAAAAAAAAAAAACAUUGUAUGACUGCGAGAACUUUUUAAAACGCUGUAGAAGUGAAAUGUAUGAGUUAGAUGGUGGUCCAGUGGUCAAAACUGGUCAAAUCAUUGCAUAGAGAAAAAAAAGGAAUAUCAAGGACCCUUAUCCAAAUUAAGACGUGUUGUUACAACCCCCUGUAGCUGAGUUAAACAAGUCAACAUGAACAUUUUCUGGAUGAGUCUAAGCAGGAUUUGUAGCAGUUGUUGACUAACCUAAUAUGACCUGAUCUUAAGCACUAGUUACUGUGGUGUCCAAAGGUGAGGUCUUGGCUUGUUUAUUAAAAGUACACUCCCUUGUUAUCAGGAAUAAAAAUUACCUUGUGUAAUAAUUUUACUGUCAGUGAGUUCUUUUAAUAUCUGGUAAACUUUGAUUGAAGACAAACACUUUCUACUGUAUGAAUGUUCCAGAGAAGUCUGUUUUCAAAUCUAAGUAUACUCCAAAAGCACAGGUACACUUCACCAAUUGAAUAUGAUGUAUUUGUUUUUUACAUGUUACUUUUAGAUUUGAUCGUAAAUGUAAAGGCAAUAGUUUCAUGAUGCAGUGUACUUUUUCAUAUUGUUGUCUCCUCUUUAUUUUCUUAAUAGGCGUUUAAGAAGAAUGAGGACGCCAAGAAGAGACUUGUGGAGUCUUAUGAAUUAAUGUUGGGCUUCUAUGGCAUCAGAUUGGUCAACAAAGAGACCGGUGAAGUGAAACGAGCAGACAACUGGAAGGAGCGAUUUGGAAAUCUUGAGCGGUGAGUAUCUAAAUGUUCUCGCAUCAGCAGCAUCAGAGAUACGGACUUUUGGUUUGUAACCUCAGUCUCAAAUUUUCUUGCAGGAAUAUGCACAAUAACCUGCGCAUCACCCGCAUUCUGAAGAGUCUUGGGGAGCUUGGUUUCGAGCACUACCAGGCCCCUCUUGUGCGCUUCUUUCUGGAGGAGACUUUGGUUAAAAAGACCCUUAGCAGUGUUAAACGCAGUGUGCUCGACUACUUUCUGUUCGCAGUGCUGGAUAAGAGGAAACGUCAGGAGCUUGUGCGCUUUGCAUAUCUUCACUUUGAGCCAAAGGAUAAGUUUGUAUGGUGUCCCAGAAAGAUUCAGAAACAGUUCAGAAAGGCGGAGAAAAGAUUGGAUGCAGUUGGGAAUGGGGAUGGAAAGGAGGAAGUGUAUUCAAGGAGUAAAAACAAAGAUGGAGAGGCGGUUGUGCAACAGAAAGAGGAUGGGGUGGAUAACGCGACAAAAGCUCAGAAAGGAACUGACAAAACUGUGUGUAAAGACAAAAACAAAGAGCGAGAGGCAUCUCCUGAGCCAAAACCAGACAAUGACACUGUUGGAAAUGGAAAUGCUGAAGAAGAAUCUUGUAAUGACAACUUGGGCAAUGGAGAUGACUCAACAGAUGAUGCGGAUAAGAUGGAUCAGUCGCCUAGUCCUAACUCUGUGACGUCAAAGCCUGAGCCCAGCGCGGACAGCGAGCAGAAAUGUACCAACAACCCAAAGGACAGCAUCCAGGAACCAGACAACAUUAUGCAAACAGAUGGGGACAUAGACACUGAAAAACCACCGAAGAAGAAGAGAGAAGAUAAUAAGGUGCUGCCAAGCAACGGCUCCACAGGGGACUUGGCCAGUGGGCAGAUGGAGGAAAAAACUGGUGCUAAUAAAGCCACCGGUCAAACGAGCCCAUCAUCACAAACCCCCCUUAAGACUUCAAAACACUCGCCCUCACUUUCGUCAGGAAGGGAGGAAAAAAUCCCAAGGACUGAUUAUAAUCAAGUGCCAGAUAAAAAGGAAGAGGAGGAAAUGUCACAGGAAAAUGUGUCGGCGACUAAUGGGUCGGAGACGGUCACAGAGAAAAGUGUGGACGAACAGACCAAUGGUAAAGAGUCAGAGGAUACUGAUAUGGAUUCAAACCCCUCAAGUUCAGACCAAAAUAUGGGGAAUUCUUGAAUAAAGUGGAUGAUAGGUGAAUAAACAUUAGUUUUAAGUAUAAAUGAAAUGUAAUAUAAGGACAGUGUGGUUUUUCUGGGCCUUAUUUCUACUAUAUUUGAUGUUUAACUAUUGAUUCUUUUCACUUUGGGGAGGAAAUGAAUUCAUUAACUCUGAGAACUGGACUGGAUGUGACUCAGUUUCUUCUUAGUCAUGAGAAAAUAUUUAAGGAUGAGGCUGGUGAUUUUCUGUGUUAUGUUUAUUUAUUUACAACAAACCCUACGGCAAGUUCGUAACCAUUAACAGACGCCACAGACUGACUGCUGUGAGCUCAAAAACCAUAAAGGUGGGACUGAUAGACUAUCCUCCAAAUGUCUUAUGGCUGUAAAAAUUACUGAAAGAUUUUCCCACAAAACCUGUUGUGCCAUCUUUUUUGAAAGAGCUUCACUGGCCGUCAGGAGGAGUAAAUAAGUUGUGCAAAGCUGUCUGCUAUUGUAGUAAAAGGAAAGCAAAUAUGAUCUUUAAUAAUCGCCUUUUUUACUGCAGUAUAUUUCAUCCUGACACUUCGCAGUAAUGAAUCAAAAGAACCCUAUUAAAAACAGUGAAAUAUUGAGUUAUGACGAGCAGUAAAAACCCAACAGCGAACAUGAGAACAACAAUAAAAAGUUCUUUUAUUUCCUCAUACUUCAUGACACUGUCCAAGUUACUGUUUUUCUUUCGUAAGACUAUUUAUUAAAUUAAGAAGAUAAUGUUCUCAAAGGUAUCGCUGUUAUUUAUCAAAUGUUAGAAGUAAAUCAUCUGAUAUUUCUCACCUGGGGAUUUAGGAGUAUUUACAGCAGGACUGUUUAUUUGGUACUGUGAUAAAAAAACAAGUCAGCUCGUCUCAUAGUGAAGUUUUUGAACAACGGUGAAACGUUAUGGCAAAAACCGUCUAUUAGAUUUACAGACAAUAACAUAGAGUAUCACCAGACUCAUCAUUUAGAUGUGUAUUAACUAAGACUGUCAGCUAGUAUUUAAUAAUGAAAGCUCUAUUAUUAAUGUAUAUCAAUAAAAAUAAUCAGGUUUCAGCGUUUUCAACACUUUAAUAUUCUAAAAUGGGUCCUUCUUUUGCACUGAGGAUAGUUAAUUGGAUAACUUUUUCCCUUUUUGAGCUGUUUUUAUGUGAGUGAAAUCUCUGCACCGGUUUGUGUUUCUGCUGGACCCUGCUGUUAAAAAGGAUUUGGGCUGAAUGUUGAUUAAGUUAUAUUUAAGUAAUCUUGCACAACUUGUGUUUUCCUGCAAAAUUUGGGUAGUAGACUUUUGAACAUUGAGAGCCUUGCCAAAAAUGUGAUGAGACUGGUUGAUUGUAGUAUGUCCGUGUAUGUCAGCAGAUCUGAUAAAGCUUUGGCUGUAAUUUAAAGUCCACUGUUUGUGAAUUUGACAUGGGUGCAGUAUCAAGGCAACAAUUAAAUCCAUGCAUCUUUUUAUACUUGCACUUAAUUUUCACAGUUAAUUGUUUGAGUUUUGGUAUUUACAGACUGAAAUGGUAAUAACUUUACAAAAAUGCUGAAUUCUUUAUAAAUGACUUUCCCUACAACAUAUCUGGCUGUUGACAAAGCAGAAUAAAGUAAUACUAUUUUUGGAUGUUUGUAUGAAAUUGAUCUGUGUUUAGCCAAAGUCUGGCCCCAGUUCAAGUUUAUUCUAUAGUAACUCUCAGGAUAACACUGUGGUAGAUGUCAGCUUUUGCUCCUAGUCCUGAGACUAGUCUAUUUCAGUCGAUUCCUCCAGCCUCAGUGAAGACAAGAACUCGCAACUGAGGGAAGAAGAAAGACGGUAGAGAUAUUGAUGCAACGCAAUCUGUUGAGACUUCAGGAUCAGUGUGCAGUGGAGGCUGUGAGUCAGGAAGAAAAAAUACCUAACUGUUCAAGUUUGAGUUUGCUGUUUGUUCUUGCAUUGUCCAUGCCAGCUUCUAUCUAUAGCUCUCUACCCCCUUCCUGUUUGGAACAUUAUAAAUAAAACAUCUAACACUUUUUCUUGACUUU